AUGGGGAGAUAUUCGGUCAAAAGAUACAAGACAAAAAGAAGAACUAAGGAUCUGGAUCUGAUUUAUGAGGAUCUCGCAUCAAAAGAGAAAAUCCAAAGUCUGCUCAAUCAACCGGUUGAUGAGACGAAACCAGGUCUUGGACAGUACUACUGCAUACAUUGCGCAAAGUAUUUUGAAAGCGCAACUGCUUUGAAAACACAUCUCAAGGGAAAGGUGCACAGGAGGCGAGUGAAAGAGCUCAAGGGAGUUCCCUACACGCAAGAAGUGGCCAAUGCUGCAGCGGGGUUGGACUUGCAAAAAUUUCUCAAUAAAGUUGAAAAAGUCGGCAAAGAAAUUGGGCCCGAGAAGGAAGUUAACGAGCAAAUGGUGACACAGCAUCUAGACACUUCUUUGGCCAGCGCUCCAACCACAGAAGCCACCCUUCCCUAUGCUGCUGUGACUUCCGAGAGUGGGGAUUUACAAUCGUUUUUGGGAGCAGGCUCUGCCGGAGGGCAGGUCGAUAAAGACGGCGAGUUUGUCAUGAGCUGA